AUGGCUUGCUUCUUCUUGUCUGAAGAUAAGGAGAGAUGCAAUCUCUGUGGAUCUUUGUCUUAAUUCUCUUAGGCCUUCUUCUUCUCUAUUAUUACUUUAUUCUUCUCUCUUGGGAGGGUAAAAGACUUGGGAGCACGAAUCAGUCAAAAGUCAACACGACUGGUUGACCGGAAACUUUUGGAACCAAAACAAAAGGCCCCCAUUCAUUUUAUUUUGUUUCAGAUAAUUACAUGGGUAGAAGAAUUCACUCAGAUUGCUUUAAUUUUAUAGCUAUUUUUAAUUAGUUAAAUAACUGUAAUAUAGUCUUUUAAAAUUAGUAAAAAAGCAAGUCAGCGAUAAGAGAAGCAUAAUAAGGCUAAGAUACGCGUUUUGUGACCAAUGAGAAAUAAUAAGUCAAAAUAGGUGGGGCCCAGUGAAUUGGAUAUUCGUAUAAGUUUCAUUUUCCUUAAUUUAGUUAAGGAAUCAUCCGUGUUUUUGUAAUCGUAGGAUUGAAAGAGUCAAAGUAGCCUAUAUUUUCUCAACAUCCGACGGUUGAGAUCUGCGUUGGUCUUUUAUAACCAGUACAACAGAGUGUACCUGAUAACCUUUGCGUAUCUUGUUGUUUAAGAUUUUACCCCCACACAUUGUCUAAAUUAUAGCCAUGGCAGAAAGUUUUAUCAAUUUUACAUUCUAACCCGUCAUUAAAAUAAGAUUGACACACUUGGCUAACUCAGAUGUUUGACUCUUCUCAUGGAAAUGAGUUAGUUAUUAGUUGACAUAUUCAAUCUAUGAUUUGUGGACCAAAUAUUCAGAAUUUGUUUACUAUGAUUUUAAUCAUAAUUGACCACUGUUAAGAUUAUAAAAAAAGAAUAUGUAUGGAAGAUUAUUGUGGACUUUAUCAAUAAAAGAGAAAGAAGAAGAUUAGUUUGGAUAUCAAUGUGGAAUUCAAAAUAUAAUAACAAUAAUUCAUUAAUUAGUUAUUAAUGACAGAUUUGUUGGGAGAUAACUGGUAUGUACAUAUAAAAUUUCUUAUAAUUAUAAUACGAAAAUCCAGAGUGAAAUUUAUAAGCUGAAUUAGAGGCAGCUAUGUAAUGGUUGAAAAUGUAACUUCAUAAAUAAAGAAAAUGAUUUAUUAAACUUGUAAAAAUAUAUGGACGAGUUUGCAAAAAAUAUAGUUAAAAAAAAGAUGAGGGAUAGAGAGAGAUUUCGCAGCACCAACGUCGCAGUUUCUCAUGCCCUUCAAAAAACCCUCAUCAACAUUACGUAAUCCUCGAAGAAAUUUACUACCAACUAAAAACACACAAAAAAAAAAAAAAUCAAAUCAAACACCAUAGUUGCAAGAGAGAAUUUCAAGUUUCAUAAUGGAGAAGAUCCAAUCAAAGAAGGAGACUAAUAAACGAAGGAGAAGAGACGAGAUGAUAACGGAGAUAGAGAUGGAGGCAGCACAACAGUUGAUGCAACUAAGCGACGAAGAGAAUAAUAUCAAUAUCAUCAAGAAGAAGAAGACGAUCGAGGAAAUAUUUGGUAAAGAUGAUAUUCAUGAUCAAGAUCAUCAAUGCACGAAAGAAAUGGUGGUGUUGAGAGUAAUGUCAUCGAAGACGAAGAAGAAGAAGUAUAGGACGAUUGAGAGCAUUUACAUGGCGACGAGACCUAUCAGGGUCGUGAUUAGAUGAUGAAACAUUAACUAUCCUUAGGUUUGAAGUUUAAGGUUUUUUUUUUUUUAUCUACAUUAUGGUUUUUAACUUUUGAUGAAUAGGAUAUUUAAGCAAUUUGUAAUUAGUUCCAAGCACUGACGUUGUUUUGAGCGCAACACACUUGGUUGUUUUUAUUAUCGUAGCUUACAUUAUUUUAUGAUUUGAUUAUG